CACUCAAACUCAGAGAUGGACCCAUCUGAACCACAGACAGAGGAGGUCUCCACGUUGUCUGUUGUCUCUAAACCUAGGAGAAGAACUUCUAGCCUUUCAAUUACAAAGAAGUCAAAGACACCAACAUCUGACACUCCAAACAUAGAAUUAGCCCGAUCUGAGCCUGUGACUUUGGCUGACACUCAACCAGCGGUAAAGGUGGAGGCAGAGACCCAGCCAAUAGGGAGUGGAAAGAUGCUGCUUUUGGAGCCCUCUGUUAUUGAAAAGACACAACCACGCCGUCAUAGAAGUUUGUUCAAACAUGGCAAAAAGAAUCGAAGAGCCAUGAUUGGACCGAGGCAGAAACAAAGGCCAAGAGGGAGAAUGAGUGAUGAGAGUAAAUCACCUGAAAGUAAGGUACCUGAAGCUGUUGAAGAGGUAGACCUAAAGGAAGUUUCCUCCCCAGAGGCUGCUUCCACACCGGCAAGCUCUAAACUCAUUGGCAUCCUCAAGACCAAGUACAGAAGGAAAAAGGUCCCCAAUUCAAGCCUUCAGUUCCUUGGUAGCAAAAGACCAAGAGCCAGGCCUAAAACUCUAUCUAAGCAGGUAGAAAUUGAUCUCGCCCAGCAAAUUUUGGAGGAGCAGGAUAUACAAGACACUGUGGAUGAUGAACCACAGUCUGAUGCUUUUGAUGACCAGCAUGGUAAAUCAAAGUACCUUAAAAACAUAAAGCACUUCAUCAUGCCWGURYUCAGUGRCCGGUCCUCACGGGUGAUCAAGACUCCACAGAGGUUUAUGGAUGAUGCUGGCAUGUCRGUUUUGCCUCGUAGAAACUCCCCGAAGAAAGGCCAACUAUUCGGCUUACACCCACGCACUGGAAGGAAACGAGAAGAUGGCACAGGUAGAGAGCUUACUCCCGAUCUGCCUAUCGACGAGGAAGAAUUUCUGAAUGAGGCGCAGUUAGAUGUCGAUUUGUUCUCAACUCAGGAACUCGAACAGGAAACCACUGGCGUGAGUGACUGCUUAUCCCCCGGAAAGCAGUUUGGAAAGAGGAGGUCCCUUUUGAGGAAUCCUAGUUUCAAGUGGCAUGUGCCAGGAGAGUCUGGUGAGGAAGUAUAUACGCUGGACAAAACUCUUCAGAGCGAGUAUGAGACUUUACUUUUAUCCAAAGAAUUCCAAAUUGCUUCUGACCCAUCAACCGAUCCCCAGGAGGUUCAGAAAAAGAAAAGGCCCUGCAAGUUCAACAAGCAAACAUCUCACCUAAAUAUGUACAAGCGACUGAAGAAGCUACAACCAGGACUUCCCAAAAGGAGAAGAAAAAACGUGAUGACAGAUGGUGUUUGCAAUACUCUUCAGUCUUCUGUUCAUAUGCUAGCGGAAGGUCUGGAUGAUGAAGUCAAGAGCAUCUGUCUAAAGAAACGUCCCACAAUCACAGCUCCAAGCAAACCCAAAUCAAAGCAAGGCAAAUCCAAGCUCAAGAUUGAGGACCUUGAUAGCCCUGGGGUUGUGCGAAAAGUCUCUGUGUGUGUUCGGACUAUGAACUCAAAGUUCUUAACAUUUCAAUAUGGAGAACAUGAGGAGUUGACAGAGGAAGACAAAACAAAUGCUGAAAAUGUUAUUGCAGAAGCAGGAAAGCUUGAGCCACAGGAACUGCAUCUGGGCAUGAUCGCUGAGGCUGACCGUGCUACUGCUGAGAAAGGAGCCACCCAGAGAGUUUGCCUCACAGGGGCCAAUAAGAGGAUGUUCAAUCUGCUCAAGAAAGCCAAGGUCCAGCUCAACAAGAUCGAUCAGCAGAAACAACUCAAGUCCUCAGGGCUUCUAUCAGGGCCUGCUGGCUCCAGAGAUGCAGCAGGGAAGAGACAAAGGAGGAAACCGAAAGAGCAGCUUGAGCCUGCUGCCUCAAACAUGACUGACCCUCCACUGUCACAGGAGUUCCGGAGAGCGGGGGGUCCACGCAUCAAGCAUGUGUGCCGUGCAGCAGCUGUGGUGCUUGGCCAGCCUCGUGCGCUGGUGCCCGAUGACAUGAUCCCCAGACUCAGUGCUCUGCCACUGCAUGAGAGAACUGGCAUAUCCCCCUCUGGCAAGAACCAAGGUGGUCGGUCUCCCUCUGGGCCAGACAGCCCUGGGCUGCCAGACCAGAAGGUUACCACGGUCAGGAAGUCGGGAGCAGGUUUUGGUAAACAAAAGAGCCUUGGAACAUUCGGGCUCCGCUCUCGGAGGUGUGGGAUCUGCAAGGGCUGCAACCACGAGGAGGACUGUGGCGAGUGCAUGAACUGCCUGGACAAACCCAAAUUUGGAGGGCCCAAUACGAAGCGACAGUGCUGCAUAUAUAAAAGAUGCGAUCAGAUUGAAGACAGAAAGGCACGUCGUCUGAGUUGCAAGAUUCCUAGAGGUCCUGGGAAGCGCCCGCGGCACUCCCUCAGCGUGGUUCAGUCUAGCAAUGAGGAAGUUGAUGGGAUGGAGGUGGGGGACAGCCAGAGCCCAUCUGUGAGGAAGCAGCCGCGGCGUUGUGUGAAGCCGCGCUCCUACUUUGACCUGCUGGACUAUGACUCCGACCUGGAGAUCACUGUGGGCUCCAACUCUGCCUCCCCCGGCCGGAGGAGAGGCCCCGGCCCACGCAGCCAAGACUUUGUCUCUCUGGAUGGAUUCCUGGGAGACCUGUCGGACGACGGUGUGAGACAUCGCAGGCUGCACCACCGAGUCCCUCCUGGUCGCCGUAAAACUGACAAGAAUCCUCUGGAACAGACGCCACCCAGCGUCCUGGCCGCCCUGGCCAAUGGAUUCGACCAGAGGGAGAGGGAGCCCUCCGAGCCUACGCACAAGAUCGGCGUGGACUUCAAGGAGGACUGUGACCUCCAGAACGUGUGGAUGAUGGGAGGCCUGAGUAUCCUGACCUCUGUGCCCAUCAUGCCCCCCUGUGUCUGCCUGCUGUGUGCCAGUAAAGGACAACAAGAGCAAAUGCUGUACUGCCAGGUGUGCUGUGAGCCAUUCCACCGYUUUUGCCUUGAGCCAACGGAGCGGCCCUCUGAGGAGAACAAGGAGAACUGGUGCUGUCGCCGCUGCAAGUGCUGCCAUAUAUGUGGCAGAAAAAACAAGCACUCCAAGCCUCUGCUGGAGUGUGACAGAUGUCAGAACUGUUAUCACCCUUCAUGCCUGGGUCCUAACUACCCCAAACCCAACAGGAGGAGGAAGGCCUGGGUGUGUAUGACGUGCAUCAGAUGUAAAAGCUGUGGGGUUACACCAGGGAAGAGUUGGGACACCGAGUGGAACCACGAUAAAGGACUCUGUCCAGACUGCACCAAGCUCCACGACCAAGGCAACUACUGUCCGAUCUGCUUCAAGUGCUAUGAGGACAGUGACUACGACAGUCAGAUGAUGCAGUGUGCCACCUGUAACCACUGGGUCCAUGCCAAGUGUGAGGACCUGACAGGUGACCUGUAUGAGAUUCUGUCCAGCCUGCCAGAGAGUGUGGCGUAUUCCUGCCGGCCCUGUAGCCAGUCCCAGCCCAGCGCCUGGAGGGAGCUGCUCCACAUGGAGCUGAGGGCCGGGGUAGAGAAGGUGCUGGCCUGCCUGCUCACCUCCACUCUCACCCAGCACCUCAUUGCCUGCUCACAGUGUGUGACCCAGGUUGUCCCUGACAGUGGAGCGGAGGGCCAGCCAGCCUGUGACCUUCGUGCUGUGGGCAAGAAGUUUGACAAAGGCCUCUACACCACCCUGAAAUCAUUCCAUGAAGAUGUGGUGCAAGUGGUACGGAGGCGUCUGGAUCAGGAGGAAUUUCUACCGGAGGAUGAAAGGCCCACAGCCGUGGCCCGCUCCUACUACUUGAAGCUUCUGGAGGAGGUCUUCAACUGGUUCAACAGUCAGGACCCCAAAGUGUGGGACCCCCGAUCCAAAGACCUGCCUAUUGGGAUGCUGUCCCAUGCGGUUCAGCCUCCCACCACCGAGCAUGUGUACGCCCAGUGGCGUGAGAGGGAGGAGCUAAGGUCCAGGGCCCCUCUGGGGUCCCUGCAGAUGGAGAACGUACUACGCCUGGAGGUGAAACAAGAAGAGGUGCCUCACCCCACCACCCCACUGACCACAGAGCCAACCAGGGGCCUCCACUUCAGGAAAAACAGGGCUUUCAGGCUUAAUAAACUCAAAGGGAAAAGGGGAAGAGCCGGGCGGCUAUCCAUGUCUGAGGGACGGCCAUCCAAGUCUGAGGGACGGCUGUCCAAGGCUGACCUAGACACAGGGUGGUCCAAGGACGACGGGAGGCAAUGCUCACUGUGCCAAAAGUAUGGAGAUGCUAAGUCCAAUGAGGCGGGCAGGCUGCUGUACCUGGGCCAGAACGAAUGGGCUCACAUCAACUGCUCCAUGUGGUCCGCCGAGGUGUUCGAGGAGGACAAUGGCUCUCUGAUGCACGUGCACAGUGCCGUCGCUAGGGGGCGCUUCAUGCGCUGUGAGCGCUGUAACCAUACAGGUGCCACAGUGGGCUGCUGUCUGACCUCCUGCCAGAGCAACUACCACUUCAUGUGUGCCCGCUCCCGCAACUGUGUAUUCCAGGACGACAAGAAGGUGUACUGCUACAAACACAGAGACCUCAUCAGUGGCAAGAUCAUCACCGGCCAAGGGUUUGAGGUGAAUCGGAGGAUGUACGUGGACUUUGAUGGGGUCAGUCUUCGCAGGAAGUUCUUGACCGGACUGGAGCCAGAAAACAUCAAUUUGAUGAUUGGCUCUUUGCAGAUUGAAAAGCUAGGUAUGCUGACUGAGCUGUCUGCAAAGCAAGGAAAACUUUUCCCAGUGGGUUACCGGUGUUCUCGCUGGUACUGGAGCACGGUGAACCCACUGCGGCGAUGCAAAUACACGUGUACGAUCCGUGAAGUCCGCCCUCCGGUCCCUGAGAAACCUGCUGAAGAGAUGCCUGACAAAGGAGAGAAUAGCACUAUAGCACACAGCCCCUGCACCCAGUCAGAAUCUGAUGCCCAAGAGGUUGAUGUGGCACAUUCUCGACCCACUACUCCCAGCUUCUCAGCUCCACUCCCUAAACCUGACCACGGGGCAAGGCCCAAAAUCAGGAGACCAGCUGGAGGACUGUUCCGGCCUCUGCCCUCCCCAGGAGCUACCAAGUCCAAACCCCACCACAUCCUGACCAUCAGUGACCUGGAGGAGACACGCAGGCCUCGUCGCCACAGCCCCCACUCCCAAACCCGCAGGGACAUSUCCUCCCCACCCCUGGGCUCUCCAACUGGWUCUGGACUAAUCACCCUCCGCACUGGGGGKUCCAUGCAUCCCAAGGCCUCCGUYCCCACCUCUCCGCUGUUUCCCCUCGGMGCUACUGAUAUCCUGCUGACCUCUCCCUCUACCCGACCUGUCGGGGGUCGAAGUGCUUCCUCUGCCCGAUGCCCCGGGAACAUGACUCACUCUACCUCAGGACUCUUUCCCCAGCCACCAUGGGAAGACAGUGUGGGCAGCUUCCCUUCCCCUGGCCUGUCCCUCUCCCCCAUCAUCCAGCACUCUCCUAGACCCAGGCUGUCUUUUGACCUGAACCAGUCAGACUCAGUGGAGGUACCACACAACUUCCUGGCCUCCCCAGAACCGGAGGAUAACCCUGCACCUAACAGCACCUCACCACUUAGYGGCUCUUUCACACAAUUCCGCGAGGACUCUGACGUGGCCAUGGGCUCCGAGUUGAAGACUGAGCUUGAGAUUGAGGAGAUGCUAGUGAAUGAGGGAGUGGCCAUGAACUGUGGUGCCCAGAUAGACGUGGAGGGCGACGACAACCAAGAGGAGUUCUGGGAGCCKGAGGUUCGCAAGASGAAGACSCGUACAGCCCUGACCCGCUCAGCUGCCAGGCAAGACUGGGGGAACACUUCRUCRGAUGAGGACAUGGAGCACUAUUUUGACUUCUCGCGGACUGUGGUCAGUCGCACAGGCUCCAGGGACACAACCCAGGCUCCUGCCUCUCCCUCUUCAAGAUCUAUCCCCCAACUGGACGGCGUGGACGAUGGGGCGGAGAGUGAUGCCAGCGUGACAACCACGGACGGGGCUCAGAAACUGAAGAGCGCCAAGAGCGCCAGUCAGGUUCAGAACCCAGGUCAAAUGCAUGUUCCGCCUGAAGUAGAAAUGACAACAAAUGGUCUAAGUGCAGACUCUGGAAGCCCUGUCUCAGAUCAGUCACCCCUUAGCAACCCUCUCAAGUCUACAACCAGAGUUGUCCUCCCCUCUACAAAACCUCCCCCAGCGUAUAUGCCCCAGGAUCCAUCCAAAGCCUUUAAUGCCGCACAACUAGCUGGGACUGAAUUGGACAGUGUGACCCUUGAGCCAAUUGAGAUCUCACCAAAAGCUCCAAGACCAGCUGGAGUGGACCCAUCCACAACAUACAGCCCUGCUGAUGUGAAUACUACUCCCCUGCAGUUAUACACCUUCCCAACUCCUCUUGAACAACAGAACUCAAUCCCCACCUUAAAAGCCCAGGAACCAGUGCCGCUUGCACCCCUUCUAGGAACUCUGCCGGACUUUGUCCAUACUAAGGUGUCUGAUACGGUCUACCCAGAGGAUUUAUUCCAAGGUUCCAGUCUAGACUUUGCCCCUGAGGCUCCACUUGUUCUUGAAAGGUGUGAUCCUCCCUCCCCCAGCACCUGUUUCACUGAACUGGUUCCUGUCCAGGUUGAUGCUCCCAUGGAAACCCAUCAGCCUCAAGARCCAAAAGACCUSUUCUUGGAUUCUAACAGCGGCCACUUUGUAURGCCCACAGAUGGAUCUGCCAUUUACAUGAACCACUUGACKGAGAYUUCKSGAGAUCCKUCGUUGAGCAGUAGUCAGGGCACCCUAUUGGAGCUUCUUCAACCCUCUUCUCUUAUCUCCUCGGACUUCCCUAACCCCAGCGUAGCCCAGAUGAACCCUUUACAAAUGAGUCCCUCUGUGCAGUCCUCUUUGCCUGGCUUUAACCCUUCAAGGCCACCUCUCACUAGCAUCUCGCUACAACCCCUGACAUCCUCCCAAGGGUCAACAGUCUUGCCGCCCAUGGAGACCUUCUGUACCAAAUUAUCAGCACCUAUUCCAGGCAGUGCCCUUCCACAUUUGUCCUCUCAAAUUGAUCCCAUUUUYUCUGCAACAUCAAGCYUCAGUCUCCCAUCMUAUGGAUCAGUCUCMCUGCCUAUAUUCUCCACACAAUCCCAGGCCAUGSUCUCCACAGCAAUWACCAUUGUAUCCUCCUCUCCCUCCGUAUGCUCUCUCUCCAAUGCUCUAUCCACCCAGUGUCACCCCAUGCUUUCUUCGCUUCAGCCCUCCUCUGCCCCUGUGAUGAUUAACGGAUACAGCUCCACGUCUCUGCAGAAGGAAGCUGCCAUGGGACACACCAUCUCCAUCAACUUCUCCACACCCAGGCCGCCACUGGAGCCCCAACAGCCGCUGUUACCUCAGGGACUACCUGGCCACGCUAUCCUUACUGUGAAGGAAGUGGGUGGUCCUAACGUGGACCCUACACCUCACGUUCUGCUGGUCAACCGCCUGGGCCAGAUCUUUGUGAAGAACCCAGAGAGCAACACCUUCCAGCUGCCCAGUCAGAGCUCUCCCUCCUAUAACUGUGUCACUCAGAUAGCCAGCCUCCUUCAGAGCAAUGCCCUGUCUGCCACCUUGGCAGCAGCUGGUACAAUGUCCACCCCAGUUACAAUGACUGCCAUGCCAACCCAUGUCCCUAGGAUGGCCACGCCUGUGGUUCAGAACCCAGCUACCAUCACUCAACUGCUCACUCAUAACAACAAUGGGACAGUGGCAGCAACUGCGGUCAAGAAACCCAGGAAGAACGCAAGCGUAUCUGCAGAUGGAGCUAUACCAGGGAUGAAGAAACCCAGAAAGAAGAAAGAACCUUCCACAACUUCUAGGAGAAAGAAGUCUGACAAAGCUGCAGACCUGUUUGAGUUUGCUGGUCAGGACGGSAGUUCCUCCAUGACCAAGACUGAGAGUGCCCAAGCCAUCAUCAACCAAGCCAUGGCCAGUAACUACACCCCCAACCGGACCGGUCCGCGCAUACUGAGUCCCUCUACAUUCCGUAACAACCCUUCCRUGAAAUCUGUGGUCCUGCCCCCAGGACUACUCAUCGAACCCGAGCCCGCAGCCACCACACUSUCUGUUUCAACACCCCGCCCUCCUCGRGCCCAUGUCCGUAUGAAGAGGGUGUCCUCCCUUUCUGAUCGCAUUGGUGCCAUAAAGAAGUCCAAGACAGACUUCCUAGAGCCAGAGCCCCCUAGUGCUAAGGAGGACCUGCCGGUACCCAAAGACAGCUUUGCUGCUGUCUCCAGCAGGGCCGGGGGUGUUCGCAUUAAAACCCCAACGGUGAAAGGUGUGUUGGACCUGGACAAGCUAAAGGAGGAGCACUUGAGUGACUCUGAAAGCACAAGGCCAGGGCUUUGGGACCGCCUGUCGAUACCUCGAUUAGGGAUGGACACAGGUAAACAACAGAACUGGGAUGCAGUGGGCCGCAGUGCCCUGACUGACUGGAACAAAUACUCAGGUGCUGUAUCGUGCUCAGAUGAUGAGCUGAUGCCCUCAGACGAUGAGUGUCCCCCCAGCCGAGACCAGCCCCACCUCCGCUUCGAGAUCAAAAGCGAUGACGGCUUCAGUGUGGAGGCAGACAGCGUAGAGGAGGCUCUGAGAGCAGUGAUCGACUGUGUCCAGGAGGCGGCGGGCGGGGCCAGGCUUAGGCAGCUGUCCUUCUCUGGGAUGACAGGUGCCCGUAUGCUGGCUGACUCCACGACACAGUGGUCUUCUGUGGAGCAGCUCCAGGGGGGCCCGCGCUGCCAUAGCACGCCUUCCGCUCUUCUCUUAAACAGAUCAGCCAGGAGGAGGACCUGCCUGUCAACCCCUCUGGAUGCGCCCGCUCUGAGGUCUAACCUCAGUGUUCCUGUCUUCUCUUACAGGAAGACCACCUUCGACAUGUUCAACUUCCUGGCUUCCCAYCACCGCCAGCUGCCUGACAUCAACCCCUACGAUGAGGAAGAGGAUGAAGUCCCACUCAAAUCCACAAGACGUGCCACUAGCUUGGAGCUCCCCAUGGCCAUGCGCUUCAGACAUCUAGAGAGGACAUCUAAGGAGGCUGUAGGCGUGUACAGGUCUGCUAUCCACGGUCGAGGUCUGUUCUGCAAGAGGAACAUCGAUGCUCAGGAGAUGGUCAUUGAGUAUGCCGGCAUCGUCAUUCGCUCAGUGCUCACAGACAAGCGGGAGAAGUACUACGAUGGCAAGGGUAUCGGCUGCUACAUGUUCCGUAUCGAUGACUUUGACGUGGUGGACGCCACCAUGCACGGCAAUGCGGCGCGCUUCAUCAACCACUCGUGCGAGCCCAACUGCUACUCGCGCGUCAUCAACGUGGAGGGCCAGAAGCACAUCGUCAUCUUCGCCCUGCGCAAGAUCUACCGGGGCGAGGAGCUCACCUACGACUACAAGUURCCCAUCGAAGACCCAGCAAGCAAGCUCAACUGCAACUGCGGGGCCCGGAAAUGCAGACGCUUCCUCAACUAGGGGCAGGAGGAGGACGUG